UCCUGGUCUUGCUGUGGCCCUUGCUCUGGCAUCACGCUCAUCCAGAACAGGCAGCCGGAGAUGAUUUUAUGUUCCCUGCUCUGGCAGAAGCAGGGCUUCAUCCGACUGUCAAGGAAAGGGGAACGAUGAGAAAUCCCGCUGGGGCGGGGGGAGAAGGCGGUCCAGGAAAGGGCUGAGGGGGGAGAUUCCGCCCCCUCCCUCAGUGCCCCGAUCCAAGGCUUCCCCAGGACUCAGGGCAGGAGAAGGGGGCCGGAUCCUGUGGCACUCAAGCCGUCUGCCCAGAGGAGGGAGUCCUCAAUGACACCUUCUGGGGCCAAGGGGGUGGAGGACCAAGGGGCUGGUCCCUUUCCAUGUCCCCCCCCCCCGGGUCCCACACUGCCUCUUCCCUACAUUGGACUUCCCUCCCAAACAUCCUCCCACCAUUGGCCACCCCACAUCUCCCUCUCCAGACCCCUCCCGUCCCCCACGUACCUCAGCAAGCUGUAUGAAUUCACUGCCUCGGACGAAAUGCCACGCACUGUGGCUUUUCACCCCUCGCAACAGAUCUUUGCUUGUGGCUUCGAUACCGGCGUGGUGAGGACCAUCAGCUUAGCUGCCUCAAAGCUGCUUGAGGAACACAAGCAACACCACGACUCAAUCACGGGGCUGAUCUUCUCCCCAGACGGCAAUUUCAUGUACAGUUGCUGCGCUCGUGGGACCCUGGCUCUUUAUAAUUGUGCUGUCCAGAAAAGUCACAUCGUCCGAGUUCUGGCUAAUGUGGUGGUACAAGAUGCUGACCACGGGCCCGAUGCCUUGUCGAUCAGCGCCGACGGACAUCUCCUGGCCUUCGUGGGACCUUCUGAGUACAUUGUGACUCUGAUGGAUGCCAGAUCCCUAGAUGAAGUUGUGGAGAAGGUCCCCCUGCCUUACUUUGCCACGUCGCUGAGUUUGUCUCCUGCUGCCUGCGUCCUGGCUGUUGGCUUCAACGAGCACCUGCUGAGGCUGAUUGACCGCACAGCAAAGACAGAACAGGACUACGCCGGCCAAGACGAUGCCGUCGGCCUCUGCCGCUUCACCCCCUCCGGGAGGCGCCUCUUCACAGCUUCCUAUAACGAGAUCCUGGUGUGGGAGGUCCAGAGCAGAUGAACCCAGCUCUCUCACUCGCCUGCUCGAAGGAUACCAGCAUGGUGGCCGCUCGGAACUCCUCACUUUGCCCCGUUUGAGCUCCGAGAACUUCUGGUCGUGCCCAGGAGCUCUGGAGAUGCCCCAUUAGACCCGACACGGGACUGUUCCAUGGCUUUCGAGAAUAUGCUUCCGAUGUUUGGGGUAGAAAUGGCUGAUGGCAACUGACGACAAUGCAGGAGUUGAGGGCCAGCUUUUGCAUGGGGGACAGACGUCUCCUGGCUUGCUUGGUUUCAGACACACCUCUUCUUGAUUCACAGACCCUGGAUUACUUGCCUGGAAAUCACCAUACUGGGGGUGAUCCAGGAUUUGGACUCUUGGCUAGAUUCCCCCUCCCCAAAACUCAAGAUCAUCUUGGCUCAAUAGGGUAACUCUCUUGAUUGGAACUGAGGCAGAGAAGCUAUUUUGAGUGUCCCUCAGAUGUAGGUGUUACUUGACAUUUAUGGGGAUGGUUAGAAGUAUGAUCUUUUCCCCUGAUCCCUGAUAACAAUGCCAGUAGCUAAUUUAUUAGUCUUCCUGGUUUCCUCGGCAUGGACAGGGAGCAUUCUUGGCCACCUUUUCUAAAUGGGAUCACAGGUGGUUUACUUAGAAAGUUCCCUCCUGGACUGGGUCAUGGCUCUGUCCUCGUGUGGACUUGAGGGUGAGCAAUCCUCAAACUCGUUGGCUUUUUCAUAGAAGUAUCCCUGACCCCAGGACAGUGACAAAGCCAAGUAACAGAAUCACCCUUUUGGAAUCUCCCUUGAGAAACAGUGCAAGAAACAAGAUUAAACUCUUGUUCUUCAAAAAAAACAACCCAACCAAUUUUCAUUUUGAUAGUUGCAUCUUAUCUAAGUGGUGUUGAGAAUUUGUAAGUCAGAAGAGAUUCCCAGCUCUUUCCCCCCAGUUUGCUGAAUUCUCUCAGCAGCCCAGAUAUGGAAACAAAAUUAACUAUGCUCAGCAGAUACAGGAUGGCCACUGGGACCAGAUCUUGUGAGCACAAAGUUGCCUUUCUGAUUAGAAGAUUUAUUUAAGGAAUAUUUUAUAGUGAAAAAUUGUGUGUUUUUUAAACAAAGAAUGCAUUGGUAGUAGGGUAGAGAGCUGGUAAAAUGGAAACUGGACAUCAACUGACAGGGAAAUAACUAAUAUUUCCCUCUCAGAAUUAGACUGUAUCAACAACACACACAACUGCAUUGCUUUUGUUAUUUGUAAUUUAUUACAAGCUGGAAGAGAAGAAAACUGGUCUGCUUGUGUUUAAGUUUUGAUUCCUAAUAAACAAGUGUGUUUUUAUGCA